AUGGAGUCAAUCUCAUCAACUUAUCCUGGCCGAUGUAGUUCUUUUAGUGGUGGUAGCUGUAUGAGUAAUAUACUGAAUAAAACAACUAUCGCCUCUGGUGGUGGUGGUGUCGGUGUUGGUAGUUUGUCUAUAUCCAGUCAAAAACAAGCCAUGUCCGGUGGUGGUGGUGGUGGGGCUACAUCGAAAUCGGUACUGUUAGGUGGACGAUUGCCUGGAAUCUGCCAAAAUAUGCCUUCUCAUAAAUCCAAUGUCGUAUGGGAUAAUUUUGAAUCGGAGACUAAUACUAACCUACUUGAAAAGCAACAAGAGUACUUUUCAUCGAAUUGGCCAUGGUCACCACCAAUGGAUACAGGUGUUGGUGAAAUAAGUGAAACAGACACUGAUAUCAGCAACUUUUUAGAUCAUUGUCAAAUGCCACUAGUCGGCAGUGGUGGUGUUAGCAAUUCAUCGUCUAUUGGUAUACGUGAUGAUACAAGUCGUGAUAGUGGAUUAGUUCUUGACAUGACUAUGCCACCAACAUCACCACUUGAUGAAUAA